AUGACAACUUGCCGAGAGCUGGGACAAACGUGUAAGAAUCAUGAAAUCUGCACUCUCCUCACUGACCAACAGGCUUCUGCUUCUAUCUCCCUCAGUGUGCCCUAUUCCCGUCUCCCUAACAGAGAAGUGUAUCAAAAGACUGAUGGCUUUAACGGAUUGACUACCGCGCGUGCACACUGUACCUGCCCAAUAUGCCCUGAGGAGAGUGGUUUGGGUGGAAAAGUCUGCGGUAGUGACUCACAAACGUAUCGAUCUGAGUGUCAUCUGAGAUUGAGUGCUUGUCGGCAAAAUGACCAUUCACUUAAGGUGGUGAAACGUGGCUCUUGUGGUAAGAUGAUUAUUCAUUAA